CAUCAUGUUGACCCAACGCAAGAAGACAUUCUCCAAACGCUCUCGCACGGGCUGCCGCACUUGUCGCGCGCGACGCGUAAAGUGCGACGAAACUCCUGUUGCGUGUCUGAAGUGCACCGGCUCGGGCCGCACAUGCGAUGGAUACGAUAGGCACAGACUGGCCCCGGCCGGGGGUCGCCGCAAAACCGGAGAUACUACACCCAUUUUCACCAUUCCUGCCAACCUGGCCCGCAAACUGCAGUGGAACGUGACCUCAGACGAGCGCCGGUGUCUUUCGUUCUUUCAACACCGAUCCGUACAACACUUGGUGGGGCUCUAUGAUUCCUUUCUUUGGCAGCAGGUCAUCUUCCGGCUGUGCUGUAAGGAACCUGCGGUGUACCACGCGGUAGUCGCGCUGGGGGCUGUUAACCAAGCCAACGAGCUCACGGGCUGCAUCCCGCGGCCGGGACAGAGCACCACGCAUCUGCAGAAUACUUGGUAUCGAUUUGCCCUCGAGCAGUCCGGUCGCUCCGUCGCGCUGCUGAACAAGCGACGCAUGUCACAGGAUCCUCAGCUGCAGGAGACUAUCCUUGUAUGCUGUCUGCUCUUUAUCAUCUGUGAAUUGCUGCAUGGCAACCGCAACCGAGCUGACUUUCAUCUUAAAGGGGGCCUGCGAAUCCUGCAGAUGAUGAAGCUGCGGCGGCAGUCCUCGGGACUGCAAUUGUGUCCCGCCGCGAUCGUAGAUGGCCCUUCGGGCGCCCCGGUUGCAGUGGAGGAUUGCGUGGUGGAGACGUUCCUGAAAUUCCAGGAAUCGUCGGUUUACUUUGGAACCGAUGAUCCCUUAGACUUUGACAGUCAGUUUGUGUUCAACCAACCGUACGAUAACUAUCUGCUCCCUUUCCACAGCCUGGAGCAUGCGAAGCAGGUAUUGAAGCCGCUGACGCAAGCCAAUUGCAUCUUCACCGCGGUGUAUCUCAAGGCCUCCGAUAGCGAUCUCCAGAAGUAUUAUGCAUCCCUACAACACCAACAAGUACUGUUGCUUUCCUACUUCCACAAAUUUCUGUGGCAGUUCGAACGCUUCUGCGCCCAGGAAUACACAUCCACUCCGACCGAUGGAGUGCUCCGGAAGGAAGAGCGCGAAGCAGAACUGAUCAAGCUGGCGUGCCGCCAGGGCAUCAUGGCCGCGAAGGUGGCUCUCUACAAUAAAAGCGAUCCGUGGCCCGCCAGUCUGUGUCUCGAGUGUGAGAGCCUCAUCGCGGCGUCGGAAGCGGCGAUGAGCAAAUUCGGCGGCCAGUAUCCGGCGGUCACGGCGGAGACGGGCAUCAUGCCGGCAUUGGUGCUCAGUAUCUUCCGGUGCCCGGACUACGGAAUCCGCUGUCGCGGGAUCGAGGCCAUCCGAUCCUGGCAGUCAGAGGAAGGGUUCCUGAGCGCCGUGCUCAGCGCGGAUAUCAUGGAAGAAGGGAUGAAGAAGGAACUGCGAUGGCUGUAUGACAGUGGAGCCCCUUGGCCCCGCGGGGUUACAUUUGUGGCGCACGGCGGUCGCGUGACGGCGCGGGUGUUAUACUGGGUGGGUGCGUUCGAGAAGCAACAGUGUCUUGUCCUCGAGCGGAACGAGAGCUUGAUUGCGGAACUAGCAGCGAUCGAGACCGCGAAGGAUUGGUCGUGCGUGAAGGCGUGGGGUUUGAUGGAUGAGCAGUUCUAG